CCCUAGUGCGCAGGCCUGCACUCAAAUUAGACGUUUCCAGCUAGUUCCCAGCGAUCCAUUCUUUCUCGAGACUAUACUUGGACUUGACGUCCGGCACACUCUUUUCGCUCUUCCCUCCUGCGAUCCCACCUUUAAACAUAGCUGAACGGACGCUAUACAUAGAACGACAAGAAUGUUUGUUUUCCUACUUGUUCUCGUAUCCAGUUUUCUCCCAUUGGCUGCUGGACAUGCCUCAAUAUGGCAUCCCUCCAUGUGGGGCUUUAAUGUCACAGCACAGACCUUUCCAUACGACAACAGGCCUGUCGCUCCAUUAAUGAACUACAACUUCAGUCAAUGGUGGUUCCACGGCCACCUCGACUACCCACCCCACCCCCAAGACGUCUUCGAACUCCCUGCCGGCCAAAACGUCACCACCGAAAUCGCAUGCGACAAGGGUGCCACUUCCUAUUUUGGCAGUAACCCAGGUGGCGACAUCCGAGAGGCCAACAACCCCGACAACGUCUGUCCCGGCUCUCCCAUGUCAGAAUAUCACACCAAAGGCUUGGACGACUUGAAAGGCUGUGCGCUUGCGAUUGCUUACAAGAAUAACGUGUCGGAUAUUCAGCCUGAGGAUUUUACGGUCUUUAGUAUCAACCAAACUUGCGUCUGGACGCGGUUUACGGAUUUCUCAGUGCCUGUUGAUAUGCCACCUUGUCCUGCAGGUCUCUGUACCUGUGCGUUCUUUUGGAUUCAUUCGCAAGAUAGCGGUGGAGAGCAGAACUACAUGAACAGCUUCCAAUGCAAUAUCACCAACUCAACCUCCAACGUUCCACUGGCAGCGGCCAAAGUCCCUCGACGCUGUGGCGCGGACCCCGCGAACAAGAAGCCAGAUGCAGCUCCAGGGAACUGCACAUACGGCGCGAAACAGCCUUUCUAUUGGUUCCAGACUGAGCGCAACAACAUGUUCGAAGGCACCUACUCCCCACCUUUCUAUCUCGAUCUGUACAACUUCCGCGAUGGCGCUCAGAAUGAUAUUUUCCAAAAUUCGUAUAGCAGCAUGCCAGUUCCUUCAGCAAAUCAGACUGUGUUGCCCGUCUUAGCUAGUCUACCCGGUGGCAACUCCAGUGAUGCAACGCCUGCGACUAGCACGAGUGCUUCUUCCGUCGCCUCCACACCUACUCACACAACCAGUGCGACUCCUUCACCUACUCUCUCCGGAUCUCCCAAAACAUGUAAACGAAACGGAAGUGCCUUUUCCCGCCGAAACUUCGAUUCGUCGUCUCAGUCUUCCCUUCACAAUCUCUUCGGCGUAAAUAGGCACAGUAGAAGACUGAGCACAAGCAAGCGGUCUAGCUUGUGGCGCCCUAUUUGAGUUUUCGACCAUUCUUGAGUUUUGACAUCUUCUGCCAUUGUUUUCUUGUCGCAUACCCUACCUCUGGUAUCUUUUUUGGUUCUCUUAUUAUUAUUAACUUGCACUUGUAUUUCGUAGGGAAAAUGAAGUAGUCAAUUAUGCUAUAGACGUGACUGUAUUAUAUAAAUUCGUUAGCUUGUUUUGUUGAACAGAAUUGUAGAUCAUCAAGUUCAUAAUCGUAUAUU